AUGCUCCCCCGGGGCUGGCUGCACUUCUUGGUCGUCUUGCUGCGCUCAUCAAUGGCUGGAAUUCCUCUCGCCAUGGCCAGUCUAAUGACGGUGGCCGACCGCGGCUUGCACACAAUGGCACGAGGAAUACCCCUGCGUACCAGUACAAUGGGUCCCCCACCACUGCUUAGUCCCAAGAAGGAGAAGAUGCACCUCAAGGCUCGUGAGAACGAGAAGCCAGCUUUGAGUCCUUCCUCUGAUAAGGCCAACAGUCCUUCUUGGAGUCUGACGAAGGUGAGUCAUGACGAGGAGACAGAAGACAGCAAAAGCAUCACGAGUGGCAAGCAAGAGUCCUACAAACCCUUAGAGGAGAUGGAGUGGCCGACCUGCUUCCCUGCUCCGCCCAGCAGUCCGAGCAGCACAGGCUCCUCCCCGUCGCGAGAGUAUCUGCACGAGAUUUCGCCCUCGCCGCCGCCCGACUUCCGGCACGAGACCUCCCCGCUCCCGCCGGGAGACCACCACCACAACACGGCGACUCUCCCUCUGUCUCACCUCCGCCCCGAGUCGUCCCCCCCGCACCCUCGUCCGCCUCACCCAUCGCCCUCAGGCGGCUCCUCUUCGCCAAAUGGUCUAGAGCAACAGAACUCCCCUUCACCGCCACCGAAUUUCCGUUGUGGCAUGUCACCACGACAUGGCGAGGCUCCUGUUGUGGUGAAGCUCGUAUCGGAGGCUCACCAGAAAGCUCACCGUUCACCCUCGCCGAAUGGAAAUCGUAGGUACGAGAGGCCGCCAUCACCUCUUGGAGCUCGUCACUAUGACAAGCCAGCAUCGCCAGUUGGAGUCCGUCGGUUUGAGAGGACGCCCUCGCCACCCACGGACUACCGGUGGGUGUAUGUAAAUGACCUGCAACGUCAGACAUCAGUGUCGCCGCGCUCUGCCGCCUCGCCUUCGUCGGGUGACCAUCGACAAUCCUCAGCGUCUUCUCCCAGCCAAGCAAGUGUCAUCAUGCUCUCUCCAGCAAAACUGCAGUACGAUGCCAUUUCUCACCACGCCCCUCGCCCUGUUGUUCCCCCUGCGUCCCCCAACACCUUCAGGCUUCCUAACUCAUCCCUGUACGGCCAGUCCACCACGUCUUCCUCUUCCACCAACACCUCCCAGCAGGACAGCUCCUCACUCAUCCUCUACAAUUCAUCCCCAUCACCUCCUCUCCCCAACCUCACUGACCAGGACUCCCCGCUCUCCCCGAGGUCAGGGGACGUCCGUGAGCUGGUGACGCAGAGAGCCGUCACCCCGCCCUUCCCUCUCACUCUAGACUCCGAGGUGUACGACACCCCCAGAACCCAGCCCGAGACGCCGCGCACUUCAUACAGCAACCCCAGAGCCCAGGCCGAGACUCCGCGCAGUGUGUACGACAACACCCAACCAUUGCUGGCGAGCCGCGAGGACCACCGCGUCCGAUUUGCGUGCGAGGUUCCUGACGUGGCGAGAAGCACGCCAGUGCAAGGGAGAGACAGUGAGAACCCUCCGACGCCGCCUCCUAUUCCGGAGUUCUUUGAAAACGACGACGACGACGAAGACGCUGUAGCUCCGACGCCUCCGCCGUUGCCGAAAUUCUUCGACGCGGAGAGCUCACCAUCACUCUCGCCGCCCACAGGGGAAGACACGGCGCCCGUGUCACCGACGCAUACCGAGAUCCGGCACGACGUCUCGCCUCCUCCUCAGAGUGAGGUGCAGUACCCCGACGUCCAGCCCGUGGCCGAGCACAAGCAUAGAUGUUUGCUGACACACCCGCAGUUGAGCGUAAUACAGGAGAGCCCGUCGCCGCAGUCACACUCUGACAGCACACAUGACAGCCCGUCGCCUCCGCAUCAGAGACUGAAAACGCCGUCGCCGCCGUCAGAUCGCUCGGGCGCGGCGGACACGGAAGGGUCGCCUCUGUCAAGUACGGAUGGCAGGGAGCCCGAGAGCCCCCCGCCACAGCCGCACUUCCACAUCAAUACAGAGAGUCCACCUCCACAGCCGCCAUUCGACAUCCACACAGAGAGUCCGCCGCCACAACCUCAGCAUGGCAAGGACGACGAGUCCUCCUCGUCCUCAGCGACUUCUCCAGGAGCAAUGGCCUACAGUCCGAAGGAGGAGAAAACCUCCUCCUCCUCACCACCGCAAUCUCAUUCGCAGCCCACGACGAACGAGAAGACGAAGGAGAAAGAGAAGUCUCCUCCUCCCUCGUCAAGCGAGGAGUCCUCCUCGAAGUCCUCGAGUAAGAAAGACGGCUCGUCCUCCUCCUCUGCCAAGAAGGAAGAGAGUAGGCCUACCUCUCCCGAGCUGUACUUCAGCCUCCCGGACAAUUGGCCUGCCUACCCGCCCUUCCUGUUCGGCGACUCGGACUUCCCGCCCCCUUGA